UUUAGGAGAACGAACGCGCGAUGCAGACGUCACUUCCGCGGGUGGUGAGAUGAGUAGGGCGCUCUCGCGAUGUUUGACGGCAGGCCGGUGGCCGGCGCGCGGUGUCUCUAUGGAGCUCACGGCCUCCGGGAUGAUCAUGGCGGACUUUGAUGCGAUCUACGAAGAAGAGGAAGACGAGGAACGAGCGCUGGAGGAGCAGCUUCUGAAAUAUGCGCCCGAUCCGGUGGUAGUGCGAGGAUCAGGACACGUCACUGUGUUUGGAUUAAGCAACAAAUUUGAAUCAGAAUUCCCUUCAUCGUUAACAGGAAAGGUUGCACCAGAGGAAUUCAAGGCCAGCAUUAGCCGGGUUAACAGCUGUUUAAAGAAGAAUCUUCCUGUCAAUGUGCGAUGGCUGCUCUGUGGCUGCUUGUGCUGUUGCUGUACUUUGGGCUGCAGCAUGUGGCCAGUAAUUUGUCUCAGUAAAAGAACACGAAGAUCGAUCGAGAAGUUAUUAGAAUGGGAAAACAAUAGGUUAUACCACAAGCUGUGCUUGCACUGGAGACUGAGCAAAAGGAAAUGUGAAACCAAUAACAUGAUGGAAUAUGUCAUCUUAAUAGAGUUUUUACCGAAGACGCCAAUAUUUCGACCAGACUAGCAGCAGAUUUUGUUAUCAGAGACUUGGUUCAAGUGUGUUGUCCUUCCAAUGGUGCCUUGCUUGGUACUCCUAGUGAAGAUUGUCAGUCUCAGAGAUUCUUAAUGUUGUCAUCCAAUUUUUCAUGCCAAGUUUGUCCAUACUUUUUUGCUCAAAUUAACUUUUUUCUAUAUAAUUCUCAGUUUGCAUUCCAAACUUUCCUUCUCUCAGUAGUUCACUUAGGAUGCUUAUCUUACUGUUCUCUUAUUCGGUUCUCACCACCCUGUUUUAAAAUGCUUCUAAUAGUCAUCAUGAUCCUUGAUGCCGAUUUCCUUUUGCACACAGCAACUUUACAGUGCUCACUAAAAUAAUGGUUCUACAAUUACUAAAAUAAUCAGUUUGGUAAUAAUGGCUGUCAUUCGUGCCACAUUUUUCCAGAGGCUUUUGGUAAAGGAUUAAAAUUACUAGUUGGAUUUAUUAGAAAAAUCAAAUUCUCUACACAGUACCUGCAGAACAAACAGAAGUAGCUUCUUUGCGCAAUGUUAUUCUCCCAUUUCACUUUAAUGCACACUUUUUUCAUUUGUCCUUUUAAAUUUGAACUUGAGACCAACAGUGCACAUACACAGAAACACAUUCUACCAUGGCUAUGGAAGUACAACAUUCAUAUGAAGAAAACAGAAGAAAUAAGGUCAAUUCGCUCUGCCUACAGGCUAAACAUUGAACUCAGAACAAACGGCCUGCAAUACCUUGAAAUAAUAUUGUAACAAAAUCAGAUGAAGGCCUUUGCAUGAAUUGUGUGGUUCAUGUGAAGCUGGGACCAUGGAAAAUGCAGCAGUAUCACAGCCAGAAAAUGGAUACUUUUUUCAGGUAGCUGUCAUAAAUUGUGGCUUUUACAACUUCUGUUACUUUAUUUGUUUACUUUUUUUCUGUACAAUUUAGAUUUACAUAUAGAUGUGUUUAUUUGCUGUAUAGAUGUUAACAAAUUAUUCAGACUUGUGUAUAUUGUAUAGAUUUUUAGAUUAGGUCUUUUUUUAAAAAUUUCUGCAACUCAGAUAAUGGAACUUUUGAGUGCAUUCCAAGAGAUGCUCCUUUCCAUUCAGUUCACUGAAUACUAUAAGGAGUCAUGGUACAGGUUGAAGUUUUAUUUUUUACCUUUUUUUAAAUUAUAGGUUUGCUCAGACUUUUAGAAAGUCAGUUAUUUCACAGAAGUUGACCCUUGUUGUUUUAAGGGUCAAUUUUUAUUGUUAAAACAAAAUCUGGAAGAUUAGGGAUUAUCUUCAAAAUUAAAUUCACAUAUGUUGGGUUAGCACCUUUUGCCUGCCGUUUGAAAAAGAACUGUUACCUAUCUCUUGCAUUUGUUCAAAAUAUCCCGCAAUGAAGUUCAGUUUGUGAAACAUACGAAGAUUGAAUUAUUACAUUUGAUCAGAUAUGUCACCUUUUCAAUGCAUCUAUAAAUUCUGAAUUACAAAAAGCUUCUAUAGUUGACUUGAGAUUUUUUGCUGUAGGUGAUAAUGUAAUACUAUCCUAGGCCGUAUCCUAGUACUCUAACUUAAUACACAAUUCCAAAGUACGGAGUAAGGGAAAACAUCAGGAUCUCACUUAACAUUCCUUUUCAUUUUGUGUUUUUAAAAGCGCUUUUUCAUUGUGCUGUGAUAGACAGGAGAAGAUAUUUUGUUUCCCUCUUGUGCAAAUGUUAUAAUAACCUGACAAACCAAAGGCAAUGGGAGUUUUGUUUGAUUGAUAGCAGUUUGGUAAUUUUUGAUUUGUUCUCUUUUUAUAGCGAAAUAUGUCACCCAUUUAUUGUAACCUAGGGAUCAGUACUACCUAGUCGAUUCAUUAAUUAUGUAUCAUUCUAUAAGCAAUAAUGUUUCUGUGGAAGUAUGAUCUGCCACCAGCUAAUCACCUUUUAUUGCUGGCUAAUUGUUUCAGUCAGAUCAUAUGCAUGUUCAGAUGUUAUGUUUGCUGUUUAUAUUGCAUUUUUAUCUGCUUGUGCUCAUGGUUUACUUCAAAUUGACUUAGAUUAUCUUGCUGCAAGUGACUCUCUAAGGGCAAUGUACACAGAAUUCCUACAAAUGGCUAAAUGAGAGCAAGUUAUUUCAGAAAUAAAAGACACUGGUCAGAAAUA